CCCGAGGGGAGACGCUGUCAGAGCGGUCAACGUGUCGGAGGGGAACGGCAGUCAGGAUGUGGCUCCACUUCCCGGUGUUGAUGAUGGUGACGGCUGUGCUGCGGCCCACGGCUCACGGAAUCCCGCUCACUCAGAAGUGUGACUCAACGGUUGAUGGCAGCAUCCACAAAUACCACGCAAAGACUCUAAAUGGCAGCCACACCGUCAACUUUAGUGACUACGCUGGCAAAAGUGUGCUCUUCGUCAACGUCGCCACAUACUGAGGAUACACCUAUCAGUAUGUGGAACUGAAUGCACUACACGAGGAGCUGAAACCUCUUGGUUUCACCAUCCUUGGAUUUCCAUGCAACCAGUUUGGGAAACAGGAACCAGGACAAAACAAUGAAAUCCUUUCAGGCUUACGGCAUGUCAGACCAGGCAAUGGAUUCGUUCCAAACUUCCUGCUGUUCAACAAAGGGGAUGUGAACGGAAAAUAUGAGCAGGAUGUUUUUACAUUCCUUAAAGAGGGCUGCCCGCCCGUCGGCGAGGACUUCGGGACUUCCGACCGGCUGUUCUGGGAGCCCCUAAAGAUCGGCGACAUCAAGUGGAACUUUGAGAAGUUUCUGGUGGGACCGGACGGGAAGCCUGUGAAGAGAUGGCACCCGAGUGUCAACGUGUCCACGGUCCGAACCGACAUCCGAAAUUACCUGCUCAAACUCUACACUCAAGACAUUUUCAAUUAAACGACACGAUUUAACUGUAGUGAGGUAGAUUGUAGACGGCAUGUAGGACUGUGAUGUGGCGGUUCUGGUAAAGGAAGGGGGCACGUUGAAUGAAGAGGAGGCUUGAAAGCAGAACGUCUGUGGAGCCUCCUCGGAUUCUGGGGGUCCAGGACAGCUUUUCAGUGCAUUCAGGCUGCCCUGCCAUCCCACAGCAACAUGCCAUCUUCCCAAAUCCCAGAAUCCGUCCCCCAUUACAGUCCCAAUGUUAAUAAAUCACAUAAAACCGCA